UCAAGUGACAGAUGAAAAACGAUUGUGCAAGGUUAGAACCACCGAGUACAUUUUCAUUCUGCGAACAAAUCGAAAAAAUUGUGUUGUGGCGACGAUAUUUUUGUGGCGUUCAAUUUUCCAUUCGAUGACCGUAAUUGUUUUGUCUCAAAACGUUUGCCGAAACAUCGACGCACAGUUGGAAUGGCAGAGUCAAAGCCAAAACCCAUGUUGAUGCUAAACCCACGGCCACCGUCUCAUUGGUCGUUGCUUGACGAACGAGCACUGGCAAAGAUAUUCCAGAAUUUGAAUCUGUACGACCUGUUGCAAAUUGGUGAGAUCGACGUGAAUUACCAGCAAAUCAUCGGCGAGCACAUCAUAUCGAAAGGUAUACUGGACAUCAGUGCAGUGAGCAAGCAUUACAGCACUCAUCAUGCGUUCAAACAGCUUGGUGCAUUUGCAACGGAAUUGCGUGUCAAGGAAACGGACAUUCAGUGGAAAAGCGAUCAAUACACACACAUCGAGGAGAUAUUCCGAUUGAUCGACAAACGAUGCACCGUUGGACGCCUCAAAUCGAUCGCAAUCGCAUUGGAUAGACCAAAGGUAAGCCGUUUGGUUCACAACAUACCCGAUGCGUUCAAGGAAAUCGAAUCAUUGGCCAUCGAUAUGCGCAUGGAAAAACAUUUUGUGCGUCGUGAUAAAGAGCAAAUCAAACUAGUGCCCGUUGAAAUCGAUUUCGAUGGUUUGGUGGAAAUGUUGCUGUCUAAUUGCCCAAAUCUGCACUCAUUGAAGUUGUCUGGCCAGCAUAAAAACUGGAAUUUUCUGCUGCAUCCACAAGUUCAGACAUUGCGAUCAUUGUCCUUCGACAAUUGUUACAUCUAUUACCACAUAUGGACGGAAUUCAUCGAGGCUGGUGUUCGUCCCACAAAAUGCUUGGAAAUCAUUGAAUUGGAAAUCUAUGAUGAGUAUGACUACGAACAAUCUUCAUGGCAAGGUAUCGAUUACAAUGCAUUUGUACAGGAAGUUGCAAAAGUAUUUCCAAAUCUUGAAAAAUUUAAAUUUGAAAUGUCUAAAGCUUAUGAUAUUAUGAGUUGGGUAGCAUUACCGAAUCUUAGAGCAUUGAAGGAAGUCUUUGUCCGGAGUUAUCAUGAAAAUGACCUCAUUUCGUCCGUGACUAAAAUGAACACAGUGGAGAAAUUGAGUGCUUGUUUUGACUCCACAUUAUCUAACGAAAUACAAACUCUUACGAAUUUGCGUUGUGCUGAAAUUAUAAACCCUGAUGAAAACCAUUUUUCACUGUACAAUGAACUGUUGCAGCUUCCACAGCUCAGCGAAUUAGUUUUGAUCGUCUAUGGUCCCAUCGACAAAACACUCAUUUCGAAAAUAGUUGAGUCGUUGCCUGUUCGAUUGCACACACUGAGAAUUUCAAACAAAACAAAAAUCACUUCUGGGCUUUACAGUUCUCUAGUAAAGCUAAGACGAGCCAGUUUGCCCAAUGCUCCACCACUUCAUUUGCAUGCUCGUUUUGAUCCACUUAAACGAUAUUGCCCAAAAAUAAUCAUUGCUUAUAAGAUCGAUUAAAAUUUGCAACGCGAACGUGUGAUUGAUUACUUGUUUUGUUUAAUUUUUUUGCGUUUUGUUUAAUCGACGUUGUUUCAUUUUAUCCAUUUAAAAUUGUAAUCACAGUCUGCUAGCUUAGAAGCAACAGAACUGUUAAAUGAUUCAAAGUGAUGUAGAAUUAUAAUUGACACAUGAUCGUAAAA